AAAAUACAUAUGAAAAGAAACAGAGACGAAACAGUUGGAGAAGGGAAGGAAGAGAAAAACAAAAGGAAAAUGGAGAUUGUUUGGCAAACUCCUGCUCAUCCUUCUCAGAAGCAAGAUUAUAUAUUUCACAACGGGAAGCGCCAUGUACGACCGUACUAUUUUGAGUUUGUCUCUCAUGUUAAUAAACGAUGGGACGGUAAAACAAUUUUGGAUUUGUUUGCUCAAGAGUUCAGAGGCCGAUCUAGAGAUUACUAUGAGAGUGCUGUCAAAUGUGGACGGAUACAAGUGGAUGGAGAGAAUGUACCUGUAUCUUACAUAGUUAAGAGAUGCCAGAAGAUUAGCCACUUCUUACACAGACAUGAACCGCCGGUGAUGGCUUGGGAUGUGGAUAUUCUUCAAAAUGAACCUGAUGUACUGACAGUUUGCAAACCUGCAUCUGUUCCUGUACAUCCAUGUGGUCAAUAUCGUAAAAACACAGUUCUGGGUAUUCUCCAAGCAGAGCAUGGGUUGGCUCCUUUGUAUCCCAUUCAUCGACUAGAUCGUCUGGUCUCAGGAUUGCUUAUCAUGGCCAAAAAUCCAGCUAAAGCUGACAUUUUUAGACAACAUAUCGAAGCUGGACUGCUUCAGAAACAGUAUAUUGCAAAGGUUGUCGGAGUGUUUCCAGAGGGUGAGCAAGUUGUUGAUGCCAAUGUAGAUUACAAUGCUAGAGAAGGAAGGAGCACUGCAGAGGUUGGCAUCUCUAAUGGUGAAACUACCUUGAAGGGAAAGGCUGCCUGUACAAAGUUUACUAGGAUUAGCACCAAUGGGACACAUAGCAUUGUUUUGUGUGAACCAAUUACUGGCCGAACACAUCAAAUUCGUGUGCAUUUGCAGUGUACAGGCCAUCCAAUAGCCAACGACAUGCUUUACCUUUCAUGCAAUGUUAUUGAUCGCUCUACUUUAGGAACAACUGCUGAUAGAGCUGCAGCUCUUUCUGACAGCCCUCCUGAAGCCAAUUGUGAGAAUCAUAAUGAAGAAUACAAGUACUGCGGUGAAGAUUUCAGCAUUGAUCCCAUGUGUACACACUGUCCUAAUUUAGCUCCAAACGGGUAUGAUGGGCAUGAGGAAGGAUUAUGGCUACACUGUGUAAGGUACACGGGCCCAGAUUGGGAUUAUGAAUGCCCAUAUCCUGACUGGGCAUCACUCAGCUAAUUCAUUGCUUCCUUUUUAUAUUAUUUUCCCUAGAAAAUGUGCUGCCAUGCAAUCAUUCUUAUAUUUUUCUUAAAAUUGAAGAAUUCAUCCUUUUGGCUGUUCAGUCAAUUAAUUUUUUCAGCCAUUGGAACAGUGAUGAAAAUUUGUUCUAGUAAUUUAAAAUGUACAAUGAAUUCAAUAGUUCAUUUGA